GUACUCGGUUCUCUCGGUAACCUUUGAAGGGCAGAAUAUAUAUAGUAAUGUAGGAUUCGAUUUAAAAAUAAGGCACUUGCACGUUGAAUCCACGUAAUUCUUGAAGAUCAGAAAUAAUCUCCUAAACAUUUCUCAACAAUAAAACUCGGCACAACCCCCAAGAUAUUUUCCAUAGGUAGGAAUCGUCCAGGUCAGGCCAAAACUACUACUGAAAAUUGCAAAAUGCAUACCGUUACACUGCUGGGGCUUUUGGCUGUGCCGGCCGCUUCGAAGGCCUUGAUGUAUGCUGUCCCUACGAGUCUCAAAGCCACCGACUGCAUAUUCCCGGCCAAUUAUACCGUUUCCAACUUCACAAUCUACACGGACAGAUUCGACAGCGCCAAAAACUGUACCUCAUUCAUUUUUGAUGAUCCGAGUACUGGUAUUAAUACCAGCUGCAGCCGUAACUCGACCUCGAAGCUUCACGGCUCCAACCGAUGGCCGUGUGACGACUCAAACGUCGAAUUCAUUUACCAGACGACCGGUAUAGCAGGUUUAACUCUGAUCGAAGCUGCGUGUCCUGGGAAUGUUCCUCAAUUUGAGGCGGCUGGUCUCAUCGCACCGGAUAUGGCAUGCACGAAUUCUACUACGGGAACUACCUGUGUAGCCAAGCAAUCUCCCAUUGUGGGAGAUUUCGACAGCCUUCAACCCGUACCACCGUCUUCCAGCUGAGCGUCAGUAAGAGACGGACAGUCAAGGGGUAAAAUGGGAAGUUGGUAUUGUUUACCUAGGAGACGUAAUUAUCGCAUGAAUUUGUGGUUGGAGCCGAGGAAAUAUAAUUAUUUGUGAACGAGAUGGAUUGGACGUAGGGUUUAAUCGGAUAUUCCUAUAUCAAACGGUAUUCAAGGGUUAGAUAAAAAAAAAAAAACCACUUGUUCAAUGCUUAAUUUGUUUAAUUAAUCGAGGCUCAAUCAAGAUUCUCACCACUUGUGUUAGUUUGAGAAUUGACGUAUUACCUAUAUUAGGACAAUAGAGGAAUAGCAUGAC